GGAUUGUCUGGCUCGACAGCGGGCAUCGGGUCACCAGGUAUGACAGCGGGCACUGGGUCACCAGGCACCAGGUCAUUUGGAUCGCCAGCGGGCACCGUGUCAUCUGGCAAGGCAGUGGGCACCGAGCCACCAGGCACGACAGUGGGCUCCGAGUCAACUGGCAUGACCGCGGGCACUGGGUCAGACAUUGGAUCGUCUGGCCCGACAGCGGGCAUCGAGUCAACUGGCCUAAUGGAAUCAUCAGGCUGGAUCAGCUGGGUAGAGGCAUCAGGCUGAAUUGUGGGCGCCGAGGCACCAGGCUGCACCACGGAAGGCAGGUUCUCAGAUGGGAGGCUGACCGGUUUGGAUACUGGCA